CGAACCUUUUCAACACAAGGGAAGAGUCUCUAUCGCUUCAUCUUUCAGCCAUCUGACUCAAGAUGCCUGAGAGACAGAGGCGACGCGAUCUUCUGAACCGUUUUCGAACUUCCGGCAAAUCGAGGUCACGGACGGAUGAUGAUGCCAGCUCAGUCUCAGUCAGUAGUGAGCCAAUUGCCACUGGGAGGACGCAUACUUUGACACAUCCUCCUGUGUCAAGUCCUGCUUCUUCGAUCGAUCUAUCGUCAUCUGUAGCACAGAGCGUCAAGGUGGCCUCGGACCAUUCGAUUGCCGCCAUCGAUAUUCCUCCCUCGCAAUACUGGGAUUAUGCUUACGAUCGACUGAAAUCCGAUCAGCCUGAGUUGCUUGAACACUAUGAGCAAAUACUCUCGGUGCAACUGGGGGGCUUCCCGGACACAGGGAGCUCUUCUGGUAAGGAUGUCAUUAGCCAAGAUCGAGACCGUAGGCGGUCACAGAUGGAUCGCCUUCUGCAGGGUACUUUGAGCAAAAUGGAGAAGCAUGCUGGGGCCAGGGGAAAGAUGGGCACGGCUAUCAAUAUAGUUCUAUCUCUCAAGUCCGCAAUUGAUCUGAGCCUGAAUUCUGUGCCCAUUGGUGCCUUGAUUUGGAGUGGCCUAUGCUUUGCCCUUGAACUCUUGCUAAAUCCUCUGAACGAGGCAAAAGCAAGUCAAGAUGGCAUCGCGGACGUGAUAUUCAGGAUGAAGUGGUACUCCAAUCUUGCAAUUCUCGUUCGUCAGCAGGACUCGAGAAUCGAUGAGAAACUUGCUGGUCUUCGAAGCGAACUGGCUGAGAAAAUCCUGAAACUCUACCAGACUCUUCUGGAAUACAUGGUCAAGACUAUCUGCGUCAGGAAUCGCCAUAGCGCUUCCAUCUUGGCGAGAAACCUCUUCAAGGUAAAUAACUGGGCGGGAAGCCUAGAAGAUAUCGAUAAGAAUGAGAAAUCUGUACAAGCCGCUAUGGAUAUGUUUGGUAUCAGACAAGGAGCUUCAUAUACCGGGAAGCUUGUUGACAUUAAGCUAUCUGAGAAGGAAAGUGAAAUCAAGAGAGCGUGCUACGUGGCAAACAUGGAGGCGGAGGCGGAGUCACUCCAGCAGCAGAAGGACACAUUGCUCCUCGAGUGCUACCAGUGGGUGCUUGAGACGGAGCAGUACAAAGAGCUCAUGGACUGGCAUCUCGACAACGCAAAGAGAAUUCUCUGGAUUAAUGGAGAUGCUGGGAAAGGGAAGACCAUGCUGCUCAUGGGGAUCGUGCAGGACCUCAGGGAGCAGCUAAAGACGCACCUCGAUGAGCCGAAUCUCUCAUACUUCUUCUGUCGUGGAACGGACAACCGACUCAACACAGCCACGUCUGUUCUCCGGGGCCUCAUUUGGAUGCUGAUAUGCCAGAAAAGCUCACUUAUUGAACAUCUUAAGAAAGACUUUGAGGAUGCAGGCCGGGAGAUUUUCGAGGGCCCGCGCGCUUUCCACACUCUUAAAAAGGUCUUCUCCGCCAUGCUGCAAGACAAGGACUUUACAAGAACCUACCUAAUCGUCGACGCACUUGAUGAGUGCAAAUCGGACUUGCCGCUACUUCUUGAUGUUGUUCUGGAAACAUCGACCAAUGCCAAAGUGAAGUGGGUUCUGUCGAGCCGAAACGAGAACUCUAUCUGCGAACGAUUAGGUGACUUGACACCUAACUCCCGAGUAUCCCUCGAAGUGAAUGCCAGUUCCGUCUCUCGGGCUAUCCACGCUUACAUUGAUAAGAAAGUCUCUGAAUUGAGGAAUGUGCAUGUGAGAAGAUUUGGGAAUGCAGACAAAUCACGUUUCCGAGAGGGGGAACUACGAGGCAUUCUAGAACGCCUUUCAAUUGAGCUCCACGAUAAAGCCAAUGGGACCUUUUUGUGGGUAGCUUUGGUUAUCAAGCAGCUUCGGAAAUGUGAACAUGCCAACCAGCUUCUCUCGCGUCUGCAGUGUAUGCCCGCAGGCCUGCCUGGCAUUUACACACUGAUGCUGAAGAAUGUGGAGGAAGACCAGUCUGAUAAUUUCGACGUCUACAAGCGGAUGUUCUUGACAAUGGUCACCGCAUUCCGUCCUCUGAAUCUAUCAGAGUUGGAGGCACUUGCUGGGAUUGAUUCCAUGGCUUAUCCUGAACGAGUUGUCAGACAGUGUGGCUUAUUCGUCGUGAAAGAAGAUGAACAUAUGGUAUCGUUCAUACAUCAGUCUGCUAAAGAUUACCUUGUUCAAGACCCUGCUAUGCUUAGCUCCACACCUGAGAAGAAAGCCACAUCGCAUAUCUUGUCGAAGAUUUUCCCAGAUGGACAUUCUGCAGGGAACGGCUUCAUUGUCUCACAAUCUGUCAAGAACAUGGCUGCCUUACGAAGGGAUAUAUAUGAGUUGAAUGACCCCGGAAUUCAGAUCGAAGAUGUCAAGACACCCAUUCCAGACCCGUUGAGUUCUCUUCGUUAUUCAUGUACAUUCUGGGUCGAUCACCUGGAGAAAAUAGAGAUUGGACAUGAACAAGUCGGUCUAUGUGAUGAUGGCGCUAUUCAUAGCUUUCUGAGGCUCCAUUUUCUACACUGGCUUGAGGCUUUGAGUCUGAUGCAAAGUUCUCCUGUUGCCUUGGUGGCCGUCAGGAAGCUUGUUGGGUUGCUCUCGAGGCACACCCCUAAUCUUAAGCCACGUUUUCUCCGACCUUUCUACCGAUCACCUGUCUCUAGAACUGAGAUCCUGCAACUUGCACGGGACUUCCAUCGAUUCAUUAUGUUCAACCAAAUCCUGAUUCAAGAAUGUCCGUUACAAAUCUAUUUUUCUGCCCUCGUUUUUGCUCCCCGCCACAGCCUCACUCGGAAGCUCUUCAGGCAUGAAGAGCCGAGCUGGAUCACGCAAGCCCCGACAACUGGGGAUAGUUGGGACGCCUGCAUUCAUACCUCUUAUAUGGGCACACUUGGAUUUCAUGGUUCUCUGGCAUGUAAUGGCGUAAGAGCUGCAGGAGUCAUACAUAUUGGAUCCAUCAUAAUAUUCGAGGCAGAUAGUGGCCGGCAACUGAAGACAUUAUUUUCUGAGCAGGAUAUUACCCAUGUUGCAAUUUCAUCGGAUGGGUCAUUGGUGUCCGCCUCCUCAAAAGGUACUUUUCAGAGAUGGGACAGCAUUAGUGGUACGUGUGUCCAUACCUCUAGGCAUGAAACUGAGCUACUCGAGGCCCUUGCUCUUUUUCCUGAUGGCAGAAUCGUGUAUGCAUUGUACGGAGAAUCUGUCGUCAAGAUAAGAGAUCCGCGCGACGAGCUUCUCAGCACUUUUUACGGACAUUCGGACCGGAUUACCUCCAUUGCACUAUCUCCCCGUGGCAUGGUUGCCUCUGGGUCCUGUGACCAAACAGUCAGAAUCUGGAAUCCUGAGUUGCAAAGCUGUGCAAUGACUUUAGAACAUUCUGAUAUGGUUAGCUCGGUCACCUACUCAUUCGAUGGCGAGAUACUCGCGGUUGGACUCGCGAAUGGAUACAUUCAGACGUGGAGCUCCAAGAGUGGCAUUUGUCUCCAAGCUCUUCAAGGGCAUUCAAGCGAAGUGUACUCGGUCGCGUUUCUGUCAAACAAAAGCCUUGUCUCCAGUUCGAGGGGAGAUCACUCUAUUAAGAUAUGGGAAGCCGGCGGAAUGCUUCUUAAAACUCUUCAAUGUCAUACAAGUUCAAUCAUGUUUUUGGCUGUCUCUCACAACGAUCAGAUUAUUUCGGUUGGUUUGGAAGGAGAUGUGAAGAUAUGGGACCCAAGUGGACAGACCCAGGUAUUUGACCGCCAUGAUAGAACUUACUAUUACGGCUGUACGAGCAUGUCUCCCUCGGGGCAAUUGAUAUCGAGGUCGAGGGACGCCAUCAAAGUUUGGAAUCAAGACGGUACUUGCAUAAGGACCUUGGAAAAUGAUGAUUCAUGGGAAACUCACAGUGUUGCAUUCUGUCAUGAUGGCCGCAUUGCCGCUGCAGCAUCAAAGAAUAACUUAAUCUUAGUUUUGAACCCCAGCGGGGACGUUCCUCAACAUCUAACUGGACACGAAGACAGGAUUCACAGGCUUGCAUUCUUUGCUGAUGGAAAACUUUUAUCUUUUUCGAGGGAUCGCACGUUCAAGAUAUGGGAUUGCCAUGGCUCAUGCCUCACCACCCUCGAC